AUGAAUUACCAUAUGAACAGCAGCAUUUCGUCUCAAUCGACACAGACUUCGUCUGUGUUUUCGCAGGAAAAUGAAGAUUACGAUGCCCGGAUCCGGGAGAUCGAGGAAUACUACAUCAAGACGUUGUUGAGCGAGGAUUCUGAGGAUGACGGUGUUUCGAAGCAGCAGAGUCAAUUUUAUUCGCAAUUGCAGACGCAAUUGCCGGGAUACUAUGCGCACCAGAUGAUGCAGGGCAGCCAGGUGUUUUCUGGCGCAGAGAUUGGGCAGCAGCAGCAGCAGCAGCAGCAGGCGUAUGUGCAGCCACAGUCAUGGUUCAAGAAGUCGUUCUUGGACACACAGUACCAGGACCCAUGGCCACAGAAGGUUUCUGCGAAGGAGCCCUCGUUAGAAGUGGAGAUCAAUUCGCAGUACCGUCCCUCCAAUGGGAUUAUGCCUUUGACGAGUGAAAACUUGCGUAUGAUCCAGGAAAAGGCGGAGGAAGCUCCGGAGCUGCUGGCGGAGCCAAGCAAGGCUGAGCCAAGCAAGGCCCACCAAGCGCCUGCCCCAGCCCAAUCCCAGGCUCAGCAAACGCAUAGCAAGGCCCAUUCUGAGCGCGAGCAGCCAGAAAAGGUCAACAAACAGCUGUACAAGACCGAAUUGUGCGAGUCAUUCGCAACAAGAGGUACCUGUAAGUACGGCAACAAGUGUCAGUUCGCCCACGGCCUGCACGAACUAAAGUUGAAACAACGGUCCACGAACUUUAGAACGAAGCCCUGUGUCAACUGGCAAAAGCACGGCUACUGUCGCUACGGUAAGCGUUGUUGCUUCAAGCAUGGGGACGAUGAGGACAUCCAAAUCUACAUGCAAGCUGGUGUCAUCAAGAAGAUCGAGGAUCAACCGGUAAGAAAGAAUUUGCAUGCGGACGUCAGAGCCUUGCAAAAGAUGACCUGGUAA